UGGUUUUUUUUACUAAUCGGAUAAUCCAGUGGAUUAUCAUCAAUUGUUUAUUUUAAUUAAACAACAAUUAAGUAGCAACAUUGUUUGUGCGGUGUUCAAUUUAAUUGUAAUUGUGUAAACCAAUUUAGUUGUUAAUGUAUUGGACCCUCUUCUGUAAUCUUAAUCUUCAUCAUCCAAUUUUCUUGAUUUCUUCAUAAUGAACGUAGAAAUUUAAUUAAUCAUGGAUUAUUUUGUGGUUAAAUGAGGUGUUUAUGGUGAUUGGAGAAUAAUUAAACUCCGAUAUAUACCUUAAAGUCAAUACAUGUCAAUGUUUUACUCGAAACUGUUCUCAUCUUGUAAUACAUCAAACAACAUUAUUUUCAUCUUUUAGCCAAACCGUGAUUUCUUUACUUGCUUCCCUUUUCCCUACCUUUCUGGUUAUCUGUCUAUUUCUCUUUCUCCUCUUUCUUUUUUAUUCUUUCUUUUCUUGUCUAGUUUCACGUUCUGGGUGAGGAUUUGUUAAUUUCACUUCUCCCUCUCCCUUUUUUUCUCUAUCUUCCUCUCUUUUUCUCUUUCUUUAUCACUGUUUUUCUUUUUGUUUCUGUACUGAUGCUGUUUUCCCUAACAUCACAUAAUGUUACCUCAAUUGUAAUCACCUUUUGAAGGAUUCAAACUUUGUUUUUGCUAAAAUAUUGUGCUUCUAUUAAUGAUUCUGCUACCAUUGUUAACUGUGGUUAGUGGAUUAGUAGAAGGUAAACCCAUCUACUCUUCUCGGUGAUUGCUUAAUUUAACUGACAGGGAAAGAUAAAAUUCAAAAGGAUAUAUUUUAUCUCAUGUUAAAUGUUGGUGGUGAAUUUUUAAGACUCAAAAGUUUUCUCUUCCACGAUAAAAUUGCUUUAACAUGUCAACAGAGUCAGCUGCAGUUCGAAUUGACUCAUUGAAGGAAGAUAAGAACGAUGCUGCUAAUCCAAAGAAUAAUAUUGAACAAUUAUCCACUGGAUUAUCCGGUAAAGAACCAGAAACGCCAACAGUAACACCUCAAAAUGGAUGCAAUAAUAAUAAUAAUAACAGUAACUUAACCAUUAACGUAAAUACCGCCAAUAACACCAACAACAACAAUAAUAAUAACAACAAUGCCAAUAUCAAUUUACUUUCUCCUGAGGCUUCGUCUACUUCAUCAUCAACUCAUGAUCCUUCCCAUGACUUACCACCGGCUUUAUUACAACAAGGCUGGCGAGUGAUUUGGUCAAAACGCGAACAGCGACCCUACUAUUUUAAUAAAGUUACCAAUGAAUCUCUUUGGGAGAUGCCUCCACUUUCAGGUGAAAGUGGAGUAGGAGGAGGUGGUGAUUAUGAUCCAAUUACUGACCCUUUAGGGAUUUCUAUGCCAGAACCGAAUCAUAGACCUCUUCGAAUCGGUGAGAAAAGACCGUCAACAUCAUCUGACGAUCCAUACAGUGGUUCGCAUAAGAAGUUUAUUUUAAGUGGACCAUGGGAUUUAGAAGUUGCUUCAAAUGUCAUCAUCUGGGAGCGGGCUCCUGUUAUCGUACCUCAUCCUCACCCUGAUAUUGAAAUUCUUCGUCUUAAUUAUGUGUUAAAACUUCGUUCGCAAUACCAAGAGAUGUGCCAUACUCGGGAAAAUAUUGAUGCACCUCGUGAAUCUUUUAACCGUUGGUUAAUAGAAAGAAAAACAAUCGACAAAGGAGUUGAUCCUGUAUUACCCAGUAAUUGUGUUCCCGAGAUAUCUCGAUCUUUGUACAAUGAAAUUAUCGCUGAUAUACCUAUUCGACUUACUCGGCCCAAGUUUGGCGCUGAGGCGCGAAAACAGUUAUCUCGAUAUGCUGAAGCAGCAAAAAAGAUGAUCGAAUCUCGUAAUGCGAGUCCUGAAAGUCGACGAAUUGUUAAAUGGAGUGUUGAUGAAGCUUUCCAAUGGAUAAGAAAAACUUUAAAUGCCACCUUUGAAGAUUAUGAAGAACGCCUUAAGCAUCUUAGAACCCAAUGUCAGCCUCAUCUUACCGAAGCUGCAAAAUCUUCCGUUGAAGGAAUAUGCACCAAACUUUAUAAUUUAUCAUGUGGUUAUGUUAAGAAGAUAAGUGAUGCCGAAAAAGAGAUUCUGAAAAAAGAUGAAAUACCUGAAAUCACGGCUCCUUUAAGGCCUCCAAAACCUAAAAGAGUUUAUUGUUAUUCAUUGCAAUUGGCUUACCGCUGUCCAAAGUAUCCAACAAUUCAAUAUCAUCCCGAGAAAGAAUUCGUUCUGUUAAAGUACAAAACUGAUACGCUUCGUUUAAAACCUUUGUUUUUACAAAAAAUGGAGCAACUUUACCGCUACAAUUGCUACGAUGAUAAAAAGUUUGAUAUUUUUUUACCCAGACUAUUUAGCCUCCUUAAAAGAUACCAGGUAUUUUUGGGUAAUCCUCAAGGAGAAGGAGUUUUCACUCAAGUUUCUUUGCCCAAAACUGUUUUCACUUGCGUUCAACGUUUAUUUGGUGUUACCUUUGAAUGUUUCGCAUCUCCUUUCAAUUGCUAUUUUAAACAAUAUUGUUCAGCUUUUGGUGACACUGACGGCUUUUUUGGAUCUCGAGGGUCUAUUCUUAAUUAUUUCCCAGUUGGUGGAUCAUUUCAAGCAUUUCCUCCCUACAGCGAGCAAUUGAUGGAAGCUACUUUUGAUCACUUCGAAAGACUGCUAGCCAAUACUUCUGAUCCUCUUUCAUUUAUUGUCUUCAUCCCUGAGUACAAAGAAAACCCCAUCAGUUGUUUAUAUAAAUUAGAGUUAAGUGUUUUCAAACGAGCACAAAUCACCAUCUCAUCUAACGAUUAUGAACUUAGAAAUGGUUACCAACAUCUUUGUGAAGCGAAUCAGCUUCACUUCAAACCUAAUGUUCCGAUGAUGGUAAUUUUCUUGCAAAACGAGCCUGGUUUCACUCGAUGGGGACCUAAUUCCCAAAAACUUGAAGAGUUGACCAACGCUUUUAAGAUGACCCGAGACACCUCGAAGGAUAAAGAAAUUGGUUUAUUAUCACCUCCACCAACGCCAGGACCUGGAAUAUCAACUACCACAUCGUCAACAACAACGACAACAACAACAACAACAACUGAUGGGUUAACCUCUAAAGAUUUACCAGUUAAAGAACCAAUUACAAGUCCGACAGCAACAGUUCCACAGCAAUUAACUGAUGUCUCUUGAUCUACCGGUGUAAAAUUUCAAAAUGUUAGAAUUAACUAUGAGAUUAUUAAUUUUCUUUUUUUUUGUGUAAUUAUCUAAAUUAUUUCCAUUACUAAUCAACAUCAUCAUACCUUUCUUGGACCAUUACGUGGAUUACUACAAAUCAAUUUAAACGAUUACACUUUGAAUUUAACUCAUUCUGAGUGUUUAACCCCCAACAGAAAAAUCAAUAGUCACUGAUUGUUUCGGUUCAUAGUGUUUAGAUUGUAUUUGAUUUGAAAUCCAAUCACUUAUCAAUUACCAACAAAUGAUGAUAAUUUUACCCUUUGUUAUGUUAAGAAAUCAUCACACAUCAAAAGCAAACUACAAAGAGCGUCUUGACAUUCGUUUCUCCUUUUUUUUUAUUAAUCAUCGCGAUUAUAAACUCAACCAUAAUUCACCAAGUUCAUCAUCAUCAUCAUCAUUCAGUUCAAUUAACAUCAUCCAUGGAAACUAAUGUAAUGCUAUGCUACAAAUAAUUUUUUCUUCCUCAUCAUCACCAUCACAUCUUCAUCUUGGAACCACAAACAAAAAACAACAAACAAAAUUUGUUUCAUCACAAGUUACACAUUUAAAUUCAUUCUCUGUAUUGAUUCUCAUUAUUCUAACCAAAUGUAAAUUAAUGUAAAUAACACAAUUCAAGUUUUACUCAAA